AACAAUAACUCUAGCGCUCCAUAAAGAUGUUAUUAAUCAGAGAAAUUUUUCUCAUUGUUUCACAGCUGUUACCUUCAGUAGGUAAACACGUUCACGGCAACACACCUUGGCUCCUUGCUGCCUCUGCCUCUUUAAAAUGAACUGCACGGUGCAGUCUGCGCCUGACUGAAUCGCAAUGAAAAGUAUUACAGAUCUGUGCGUGAGCAGUCAAAAAAUCGCGUCCAUCACCACCCCCGAAGACCAGCGGUAACGAGAGCGGUGUGCGUGUCAUGCGUGUCACUGCAGUGAAGAAACUAAUUUAUUUUAUACAUGAUUAUUCUUAUUGUUACUGGUAAAUUUUACUUAAAAAUGGCCUGCUAUAGAUAUUGCCUAUUUGAAAUGUCUUAUAAUAUGUCUCAUUCAUGAAUAUUAAGCUGAAAGAAAAAUUAUGUCAACAUUGUUUUGCUUGCUUCCACAGGUAACCACAAUAUUGAACAAACUUCAUGGAGAAAAAUAAAGGAAUCUCUUUAAGAUGACACGCACAGACCCUCCUGAUAUACUGGUAUCAACUGUGCAUCAAGACAUAAAAGUGAUUCCUAUAUCUUCCCACUACAAGUCCUUGCAACCCUCCAAACAAUGUAAUUUCACAAAUUACACAGCACUGGAGGACAUUAAGAGCAAAGUUAGUAAGUGGCACUGUCGGACCAUUCACUAUAAGUCAUUGGAGCACCUCAAAUCAAAAAAUUCAAUGGAGUCCCCAUACAGAAAAGCUGAUCCGCAUGCAGUCAACUCGGAUGUUGCCUGGAAUGCCCUGGGCCGACAGCAGAGAUACCGUUUUUCCGCUCCAGACAUUUUUACUCAUAGAUUAGCUCCUCAAUCAGCAGCUGCAGAUAGGGCGAGGGAAGUAGUUAUGUCUGAAAAUAAAAGAAGAACCAGGUCAAAAAGUGCCUCUCAGGUUCAGACCGGAUUUACUCCUGUGGCGUUUGAAGAAUCCUCAUCAUCAGGAAGGAAGGGAAGAGAGUCCAAGAGAGCUCUCAGAGACCCUCGCUUGAGAGCGGAAGCGUCACCACGUAGGGAGUCAUCUUAUGCAGCAACAAGGACUCAUAUGCAUGAAGUUCAUCCCAUUAAGUUGCAGCCUCAAAUCGGUGAUAGCAGUAGAUAUUCACCACACUAUGCUUAUGAUAAAUUUGAGGACGGAAGUCUAGAUAAAUCAGCAACUAGCCCCCAUGUUAAGUGUCGAGUGGAUAUUAAGCCUGACGAUGCAGCAUUACAUCAUUCAGGUCGGAAACAGACAACACCCGCAAUGGACAUUCCUUGGCAGAGGCACCACAGUGCUGGGAGGAGUCUUACUGUGCCACGUCAUUUCUCCUACUCCAGAACUCCAACUUCCACUGACUCAAUCGGUGCAGAAAGUAGGCAAGCUUAUCAAUAUUCCCACAGCAUGCCAGAUAGUUACCUACAACACAUGGAGCUUCCUUUACAAAGAAUGCCUUCUUCUGGUAAUUAUUAUGGUAGGGAACACAGAGCUCACUCCAGUCCUAAUGUGCCAACCAAAUUUUUUUAUGCAGAUGAUGCUGCUAGAUAUGUCACUGCUCCUGCUCCAAAACCAGGUUCUUUUUUUCAUGAUGAACGUUACAUACCAGGUAAAGCAUACACCCCCAAAGUACAAUAUGUGCAAGAUCCAAGAACUCGAAUAGUGCAUGCUGUAACUACUAGACCAUAUUAUUCUGAAAUGGAGCCCUACCCGUACUCUGUGCAGACAGGGUACCCCAAACCUUAUGCAGCAAAUGAGUCAGGGCCGUACAUCAUAAGUACACCCCCCACAAGUAUAAUGUAUGGUGAUGAUCCAAGAACUUAUCAAAUUCAGACAGCACCACCAAGGUUUUAUUAUUCUAGUGACAUGUAUGCAGUGCCAGCAGAGCACCAUGUCCCAGCAAGGGCAUACUAUACUGAAGGUCGAAGACAUGCUAGAGUCAUUCAGUCACAAGCUGAUGACUGGUAUGGCUCUGAUGCAUCUGGUUAUUCUACCAAUCCAGCCUCUUAUGUAUCUCAGAUCACUCCAACCAGACUCCGACAAGAGCCUGAGCUAACGCCAUGGUAUACCAACCCAUGUGUAGAACCUCAAAAAAUAGGUACAGAUUCCAAAUCUUAUUCAAGGUCUUGGGACAACAUUCUCAACUCACGUGUAGAAAGAGAACAACCCCUUCCUGUACAGAGAGGUCAGAGCUAUGAUGAUCUUCUGGACUCCAGGAAGCCUUCCACAGCCAUAGGUGACAAACCAAAACCAGUGGUAGUCAAUCUUUCUAGUUCACCAAGACGUUAUGCAGCCUUAUCCAUGUCUGAUAACUCACUUAUUGACAAAAGCCCAACAGAGACAGCAAAAAGUCUCACAAGUAAACUUUGGUUUGUCACUCCUGAGAUAACAAUCACUGAUAAUGACAUUAGACCAGGAAAUCUUAACAAGGCUGAAGGACGGUCUGCAAGUUGGGACAUUAUUGACUCCAGAAACACUGAAAGUCUAGAAUUGCACACUUUUGCAAGCUCAGCCAAAGAAAAGACACAUGAUAAUGCCUCACUUCAACAAAGCCUUGAGCAGCUUGAUGAGCUCCUAGCAGAUCUUGUGACUGACUACAAGCCACCCAGCAGACGAACAAGUGAGGAGAUUCUGGACCAGUUGAAGAAGUUGAUUGAUGAGGAAGAAGCAGUAUCUCUAUCCAGAAAAUGCUCAAAGGCAGAUACAGAUGAACCACCACCUCUGGACAAGCAGCCAACUUCAAUCAAAAUUAAUCCUGAUGUUUUUCGUGAGAUGGAUGGGGCAAGUGAUGCAAUAAAAACUGCAGAAGAGUGCUCUCCAGAUCAAAGCCCAGAUGAGGAUGAUACAAUGAUGUGCUCUAACAAUAAGUGCCGGAGAACAGAGACCUUAUUCAAUGCUUGUCUUUAUUUUAAGUCCUGUCACAGCUGUUACACCUACUACUGCUCUCGGAACUGUCGUAGAGAGGAUUGGGACAUGCACAAAGAAAGCUGCUUGUAUGGAAGAAUUGGUAGUACAUGCCGCCAUAUUAUUAAACACUGCCGGGAGACUGUAGAAGUCCACAAAGCCUUCUCCCGUAUUGCCAAAGUUGGCUACCUUUCUCGGGGUAGGGGGGUUCUCUUCCUUGGUUUUCCAAACCCUUCUUCAUCUAGUAGCUUCCUGCAGUAUGGGCUGAAUAGUUUGCCAAUGUCUCCUACAUACCUGUCUCUUCGAGAGCUUGAUAGCUUCAAGGACAACCUGGGUGAAUACUGUAAUGAGCUGCAGGAAGCUGGUAAAGAGUAUGACCCAAAUGAAUGUUUCAUCUUGAAUGUAUCCAUUGCUGUGGGUGAACAGCUGCCCGAUGGGCCAUCGCCAAGGAAUCAAGCACCAACAGUCAGAAAAUAUGCAAAAAUUGCAUUGGCUUCCUUUAGUCCUGAGAGAAAGGUUCAGAAGAAAGAGAGUGAUAUGGAAACACUGAUCCUUACGCCACCCCCUGGAACAGCAGAUAUUGACAUGGAAGGAGAGGAAGGUCGGAAGGCACGAGAAAUCUGUUUUAUCAAUAUACAACGUGAGCUGAGAAUGAGAGGAGUUUUCCUACGCCAUGAAUACCCAAAUGUGUAUCAGCAGCUAUGUGAAUUUGUGGAAAGCAACAGAAGGUUCACACCUACAACUAUUUAUCCAAUUGAUAAGAGGACUGGUAAACAGUUUAUGUGCAUGAUCAUGGCUGCUUCUGAGCCCAGAACAUUGGACUGGGUCGGCACACCACAUCUCCUUGAUGACAUCAUCUAAGGGCAUCUUUUGUUAAAGAUAGAUGUGUAAAGAAAUGCAUAAAAAUUGUUGCAUAAAUUUCUAUUGGGCCAACUAUAAACAGUUGUGCAAAGUGCAACUGUAUAAACCUACCUGAAUUAUAUACAUUUAUGUAUGUAAUUUUAAUAAAGUCUGCUUGGUCAGUAUUAUUUGUUUUCAAAAUAUUUCUUAUCACGUGUAGAGGAAAACUAUAUAUUAGGUAUUAAUUUUAAUCAUAAAAACUGCUUUAAGUCUACCACAAGUUAUUUUCCACGUUCUAUACUGUUGAAAGACAAGUAAAAAGUGAUUAUAAUUUUAUCCUGAGCCUUUUUAAAUGACGGUCUACAUCUGUGUGUACAACAUAAAUAUUUUAAUAUCUAACUUUAAUGGUAUGACAUGCUGGAAAUAAGAAACAUUAUUUUCUUAGCAACGCAAAUACUUUCUAUGCAAAGUUAUUUCAUCAAUCGAGUACCACAUUCCUGCAGGUGUAGCAUCUGCUCUAAUGUAUGAUUCAUAUAUAUUAUCUAAUACAUCCUGAAGCUGGUGUAAAAAAUAAAAUUUUGAUGGAUCUGUAAAUUCUUAUCAUGGGAUAUAAAUGAUGACUGACAAAGAAACUUCUUGUGCUGCUUGAAAUAUCUAUUAGAAAUAUAAAUGCCCAAGCAUUUAUAUUGAUAAGGAAAAAAGUACUCUUAAAAAUGAAUGGACCUUCCUGUCCAAAAGCAUACUUAGAAAAACUCAUAUCACCAUAUCAGUUUCUUUUCUGUUUUUCUGUAGAAGAAAACCCUUCAGAAUGGGUGUUAAAAUGGUGCCAGUUACCAGCCCCGCUAGUGGUGUUGGCCUGUACUCUUCAGUUUAAACACUGUGAAUAGGUGAAAGUUAUCUAAUACAAAAACUCCACUUGGUCAAAUACCACGAUAUAAUGCAACUUCUUUAAAAUACUAUUUUAUGAGUUGUCUUUUUAGAUAUUUUCACAAAUGAAUCUAUAGGAGUAAUUGUCCUUUGAACAAAGUGAGCCAGAUUUUGGCACAGUAGCUGUAUGGUAGGCUUCCAAAAUAGGAACAGAAUAAGUUAGCUGUGUAUUUGUGCUGAUCUAGGUUUAUUACAAGUAUGAUGUCCUUUUUGGUUUAGCAAAUCAGAGUCAUUACCUUGCUUAUUAGAUACAAAAAUGUAGAACGUUUAAUGAUACUACUUAGCCAUAUUGCCUCACUCUUUUUUAAGGUUAACUAUAUCUGCUGACUGUGUAUUUGUAGCAUCCUAAAUCUUACUUUUCCUAUCAACACACCUUGAAAUUGUUGCGGUAAAUUGAAGAAAAAAAAGGACGUUGUUUGAAUUUAUUGUAUGUUUGAAUGCUAAUAUUCCUUUUUUUUAAAGAUCUUUCAGCUGACAUCUUUCAUACAUACAAAUCUCAAUAUAUCACAAAUGUGUAAAAUUGUUACUAAUCGCAAAUAAAGGCUGAUCAAUUGUCCUUUAGCUAUAUACCCUUCUCAACCUUUCUCAGAAUCUGUAACACAAAAUACAAUGAAACUUGAGGUUUACAUAUUUUUUAACUUACCAAGAAAAUUUGGUGUACACAAUUCCUGAAAAGUUGGAUGGCUGCAUGUGAUUUAAUUUCCCUUCUCUAAUCUGAUCUUAACAUGAUGUUAGUUAUUGCAACCUGCUUAAUGAAUGGGCUUGUGAAAGUGAAUACAAUGCUGUGCAAGAUUUGUUUUUUUGUUUUUAGUUACCAUGUUAUCACAAUGAGAGACCUCACUAAAAUGUUUAGAAAAUCCUGUAAUCUUGUAUUUUUUAUACUUUCAACAUAUGUGUGUGUCUGUUUAUAAACCAUGUCCAAUAAAUGGAACAGGAACUGCCUUC